AUCGCGAAAUAGGUAUACCAUUAUGGAUUUGGGUUUUCUUGUUUUAAUAAUUCACAGAGUCAACCAAAUUUAAGAUUUUACAUUCUUCUAUACGAAGAUACUAGAAGAAAAGCGUGGUUAAAGGCAAUAAAUCGUGCGCAUGUUGAUAAAAAUGGUGUAGUCAUCAAAUCAAAAUUAUGGUCUCCCAAAACACGGUAUCAUAAUGUCUGUUCAGAACAUUUUUUGUCUGGUAAAAAAAGUAAUAUUAUCAAUGAUCCUGAUUUUAUCCCAUCAGUUUUCCACCACAAAUCUAAAAAACAAGUAUCAUAUAAAUAUACAGGGUUUGACAGACAUAAAAGAAGACAAAAUAAAGUUAGCUAAACAAGUUUCAACAAAAAUUUUUGAAUUGAAAGCUGGUUUAAUGCAAAAGAUGAGUCAGAAGAUGAAACAAUAGAUUUUUUAUGUUUGCCAAGCUCGUCAACUCCUCCAGCUAACGAUAUGCUUCCUUCUGCAACACCAUCUAUAAUUUCAUUACAAACUCCAGUUACCUUAUCAGAAAUAGAAAGUUUUUAUUAGGAAAUGAAUAGUUUAAGAGCGGAAUGUGAAAGACUCAAGCUAGUAUCUAGAAACCAGAAUAAAUGUGCGACAUUCACAAUUGAGAUGCUCAAAAAAAACCCUGAAAAAUGUGUUAUGCUAACAGGGUUGAAAUAUGAAAUUAUGUUAUUGAUGAUGGAUUAUUUAUGUGAAGAUCUAAUAAAUUAUUUCAGCAAAUUAGCCUUAAAGGAUCAAAUAUUGAUGACUUUAAUAAAAUUAAAACAUAACAUUUCUUUUAAUAUGCUUGCUUUUAUAUCCAGCAUCAGUAAGACGACAAUGAUUAGCUACUUUUGGAAAUGGAUUGAUAUUAUGUAUGUAAAACUUAAGUUCUUGAUAAAAAUGCAAGACCAGAAUGAUAUUUAUAAAACAAUACCACCUGUUUUUAAAGCAAAGUUUCCCAGACUGACAUGCAUAAUUGAUUGCUUUAAAAUUUUUAUAGAAUCCUUACGUUGCUUAUUAGCUAGAGCAAAAUGUUACAGCCAAUACAAGAAACAUUGUACCAUUAAAGUAAUGACAUCUUGUACACCACUAGGGGCAGUUAAUUUUUCAUCACAAUGUUGGGGAGGUCGAGCAUCAGACAACCAGAUAGUGAGAGAGUCAAACUUUCAUUUAACUAAAUACCACAUGCCUGGCGAUCAAAUUUUGGCUGACCGUGGUUUUACUUUAGCUGAUGAUUUUGCUGCUGGGUCAGGAGCUGAACUUUUUGUACCUGCCUUCACUAAAGGAAAGGAUCAGUUAUCUUCAGGUGAUGUAGAGAAAACAAGAAAAAUUGCAUCUGUCCGUAUUCAUAUAGAGCGUGUUACAGGGCUGAUUAAAAACCGAUACACAACUUUAAAGGGAAUUUUGCCUUUUCGAAUAGUGAAAAAUAUUAAAGAUGAAACAAUGAAUGAAACGCUUUCACGUUGUGAUAAAAUUAUUUCUGUUUGUACUUCAUUGAUUAAUUUAGAUACCAGUAUUGUUACAUCUACUUAAAAUAUUGUGAUUAAA